CUGCGGCGGGGCCGUCGCUGCGCGGUCGCGGCGGGGCUCCGCAGCCCGGCCUCGUGGCCAGGCUCUGCCCCCGCGCGCCAGGCCCCGGCCGCGCCGUUCCCCCGCCGUGCUGCGGGGCGGCCCCGGCCCCGCCUGGGCCUGCGGGGGAAGCGGCGGCCUCGCGCCCGGGGCGAGGACGGGGUAAGGCGGGUGGGGAGAAAGGAGCGAUCCGUGGUAACGUGUCCGCAGGCGGUACGCGAAUACACCAAGGCUAACGAACACAACAAGCGGCGUUGUAAAAGCUCAAACAUCUUUAUCUUGUUCAUAGUCUUCUUUACAAAAAAAAGGAAAUACUAUUUUAUGUGUAAAAUUGCUAAUAAAUCUAAUAAACAGUUACAGGCUCAGAAAUUCUGAUGCUGUAAAGCUUCACACUUAACAAUCUCAUAAAUCUUGUAAAAAAAAAAAAAGUACAUAAAACAAUUUCGUAAGCCGAGAGUGGAUCUUACUCCUGCAUUUGCUAUGUGAACAAUGCAACAGCUGCUCAAAUGUAGGGGAGAUGAGCCAACAGGUUUUUGCUAAACUUGCAAGCAGAGGUAUUGAGAAGGAGCUCCCAGUCAGGAAACGUGUUUUAACCAUUGCUGCACUCUCUGGGCUUGAAGCUGUCGAUAGAUUUGCAGUUACUGACAGUGCUGCUCAAACAGGCAGAACAGUAUGUUUAGAAGCAUGACUUCAGCUGCCUGAUUUUGAAGACAUUGAACUUCUUUGUUAAUAAAACAUGGAAAUUUUUCUUUAAUACACCAAGUACAAAUAGCUUUUAAUUAUUAACUCUGAAAUAGGUAUGUGGUUUCCUUUUUCUGAAGCAAUUAAGAGUUUGUGGCUUGAUUUUUGAUAAGAGUAUGGCUUUCACCUUUUGUAUGUAAGUGUGUAAUUAACCUUAAUACAAAUAGACCUUGUGACAAUGGAAAUGACCCCUUUGGCAAAAUUACUUCACUGAUCAUACAUUCAGGGUCAAGGCAUAAGCUUUUUUUUUAUUUUUUUAAAGUGUCAGCUAUGUGCAUUCUUAAAGGUUGUCAUAUGUCAGGUACUUGACCUUGCUUAAGUCAGGUGGGGGUUCUGUAAACUCAGUUAUCCUCACAGCCUGGUUGCGUGCAGUGGUAUCAUGCACUGCUUUGAUCUCCGCUCUGCUGCUUCCCCCAGGCUCCCUGGGGUGCAGAAGCCUCUCCCAGCCACCUGUGGCUGCUGCCACCAGUGAUGUGACUGGUCUUCAUUGGUCACUGUGUGCCAAAACCACGGCAGUCCUUGUCCUUUGGCUCUCUGCUGUAGAGACUGUGCUGUCAAGUGCUGCUUCUGCAACUAUAACAGGUUUUGUUUUAAAAACAGACGAACAAAAACCAAACUAAUCAAUCAAAAAGAACACCCCUCCCACAUAGUUUUCCGUUGUUAAUGCCAUGCUGGGUGUGAAGUUAAUGCAAGAUAUGAUCAUCCUUUCUGCACUUAAAUUUCUGGUACUUCAGAAGUUGGGCACAAAGAAUAAAUCUCUAUGCUGUGAACGUCCUUAUCAGAACACCACCGAGAUUCAUCUGCUGGGGAACCUGGAAACAACUUACAUCUCGUUUCUUAUCACUAACACAAGGUAGUCCAGAGAGCUGAAUUAGUCCCAGAACACCGAGAGGCAAAGUUUAAAUCUCAGUUCCGGGUUGUGUGUCAGCAGUUUCUGCUUGCCGUUAGGUGAUUACAUUAACCUUUGGUAUGACUGUAGCAGAUCGUAGCUGUCCUUGGAGGAGAGUGCAAGGAUGUCUUUAGCUGGAGUGGCUGGUCUUCUUGAGCUAGAAGGAUGAAAAUUGGCAAUUGGAAAGUCACCGUCACUCUCCUAAGCUUCCUCCUAACUUCUGAGUCCCAGUUUGGGUGUACAAGGCUGCGAGCAAGUCCCAUUCCAUGAUUUAAACAGAGGCUUGGAGCAUGCAUCAUUAGCGGGAUGGUCGGCCACCGAAGCUGCCAUGUCGUCCCUGACGACCUCCAGUGAGGGAGAGAGCUCCACUCCCAGGUUUGUUGUCGGUUCCAGGGAUGAUGAGACAGACUUUCUGGAAUCAAACAUGAAGACGGAUGAAACCGAUUUCUUUGAAGAUGAUGAAGAGGAGGAGUCGCCACCUGAACGGCAGAUUGUGGUUGGAAUCUGUGCCAUGACCAAAAAGUCCAAAUCAAAGCCCAUGACACAAAUUCUGGAGCGUCUGUGCAAGUUUGAAUAUAUCACAGUUGUGAUUAUGGGGGAAGAUGUUAUUCUGAAUGAACCAGUGGAGAACUGGCCUUCCUGUGACUGCCUAAUCUCCUUCCACUCCAAAGGAUUCCCUCUGGAUAAAGCAGUUGCAUAUGCCAAGCUGUGCAAGCCAUUUUUAAUUAAUGACCUUGAUAUGCAGUAUUAUAUCCAGGACAGGCGUGAAGUGUAUCGGAUCCUUCAAGAAGAGGGAAUAGACUUGCCCCGCUAUGCUGUCCUCAAUCGAGACCCCGAUAGACCAGAAGAGUGCAACUUGGUGGAAGGAGAGGACCAUGUGGAAGUAAAUGGAGCUGUUUUCCCAAAGCCAUUUGUAGAGAAGCCGGUCAGUGCUGAGGACCAUAAUGUGUAUAUUUACUACCCGACCUCAGCAGGUGGGGGCAGCCAGCGGCUCUUUCGGAAGAUUGGUAGCCGGAGUAGUGUGUACUCCCCAGAGAGCAGUGUAAGGAAGACAGGGUCAUACAUUUAUGAGGAGUUCAUGCCUACAGAUGGCACUGACGUAAAGGUGUACACUGUUGGGCCAGACUAUGCCCAUGCAGAGGCUCGCAAAUCUCCUGCUUUGGAUGGGAAGGUUGAACGGGACAGUGAAGGGAAAGAAAUUCGUUACCCAGUUAUGCUGACUGCCAUGGAGAAACUCGUUGCACGGAAAGUCUGUGUAGCCUUUAAGCAAACAGUGUGUGGGUUUGACCUCCUGCGGGCAAAUGGCCACUCUUUUGUUUGUGAUGUGAACGGCUUCAGUUUUGUGAAGAACUCUAUGAAGUAUUAUGAUGACUGUGCCAAAAUCCUUGGAAACAUAAUAAUGCGCGAGUUGGCUCCCCAGUUUCAUAUUCCCUGGUCUAUCCCAACAGAGGCAGAAGAUAUUCCUAUUGUCCCCACAACUUCAGGCACCAUGAUGGAGCUUCGUUGUGUUAUUGCAGUCAUCCGGCAUGGAGAUCGUACCCCGAAGCAGAAGAUGAAGAUGGAAGUUAAGCAUCCUCGAUUCUUUGAGUUAUUUGAGAAAUAUGAUGGUUACAAGACAGGGAAGUUGAAGCUGAAGAAACCAGAGCAGCUACAGGAAGUGCUGGACAUUGCACGGCAGCUUGUGGUGGAACUGGGAACCCACAGUGACUGUGAGAUUGAGGAGCGGAAAUCCAAACUGGAACAGCUGAAGAGCGUCUUGGAGAUGUAUGGGCAUUUUUCUGGCAUUAACCGUAAGGUGCAGUUGACCUAUCUGCCUCACGGACAUCCAAAAGCUGCAAGUGAAGAUGAAGAAGGUCGCAGAGAGUCUUCCCCUUCUCUUCUCCUGGUGCUGAAGUGGGGUGGAGAAUUGACGCCAGCAGGAAGAGUCCAGGCAGAAGAGCUGGGGCGAGCUUUUCGCUGUAUGUACCCUGGUGGCCAAGGUGAUUAUGCUGGUUUCCCUGGCUGUGGCCUGCUCAGACUGCACAGCACAUACCGUCAUGAUCUCAAGAUUUAUGCCUCCGAUGAGGGACGAGUUCAGAUGACAGCAGCAGCUUUUGCAAAGGGUCUGCUGGCCCUGGAAGGAGAGCUGACCCCCAUCCUGGUGCAAAUGGUGAAAAGUGCCAAUAUGAAUGGUCUCCUGGACAGUGACAGUGAUUCUCUUAGCAGCUGUCAACACAGAGUGAAGGCACGACUGCAUGAAAUCAUGCAGAAGGAUGCUGAGUUCUGUGAAGAAGAUUAUGAGAAGCUGGCACCUACAGGUAGUGCUUCUCUGCUCAACUCCAUGACCUUUAUCCAGAAUCCAGUAGAUAUCUGUAACCAGGUGUUCACCCUGAUUGAGAAUCUCACCUCCCAGAUACGAAAACGUCUGGAAGACCCAAAAUCUGCGGACCUGCAGCUGUACCACAGUGAGACUUUGGAACUGAUGCUGCAACGCUGGAGUAAGCUGGAGAGAGAUUUUCGCAUGAAGAGUGGCCGUUACGAUAUUAGCAAGAUCCCCGAUAUCUACGACUGCAUCAAGUAUGAUGUACAGCACAACUGUGCACUGAAACUGGAAGGCACAGCUGAGCUCUUCAGACUCUCUAAAGCCCUGGCAGAUGUGAUCAUACCCCAGGAAUAUGGAAUUAAUAAGGAAGAGAAACUGGAGAUUGCUAUUGGCUUUUGUCUUCCUCUCAUUAAAAAGAUCCAGUUGGACCUACAGAGAACCCAUGAAGAUGAGUCUGUCAACAAACUACAUCCUUUGUACUCAAGAGGAGUUUUGUCACCGGGUCGCCAUGUUCGGACACGGUUAUACUUCACCAGUGAGAGCCAUGUGCACUCUCUGCUCAGCAUCUUCCGCUAUGGGGGGCUCCUGGAUGAGAACAAAGACCAGCAGUGGAAGAGAGCCAUGGACUAUUUGAGUGCUAUCUCAGAGCUGAACUACAUGACCCAGAUUGUUAUCAUGCUCUACGAGGACAACAACAAGGACCCAUCUUCAGAAGAGCGUUUCCAUGUGGAGCUGCAUUUCAGCCCUGGUGUGAAAGGCUGUGAGGAAGACAGAAAUGUCCCCACGGGAUUUGGCUUUCGGCCUGCAUCAGCAGAGAAUGAGGACAAGAAAACAGACCAAGGCAGCCUGGAGGACCUCUCCAAAGAGAAGGGCAUUGAUGAGCCAGAUCGUGCACAGCAAAGGUCUCCGCAGCCCUCUGAGCCAGUCAGCAUUCAGCGAAGAUCACCACUGAUCAGGAACCGGAAGACAGGGUCCAUGGAGGUGCUUUCUGAAUCUUCUUCCAAAUCAGGAGGUUAUCGCCUCUUCAGCACUUACUCAAGGCAGUCUUCUGAGAUGAAGCAAAGUGGCUUAGGGUCACAAUGCACCGGCCUGUUUAGCACCACUGUGCUGGGAGGCUCCUCCAGUGCCCCCAACCUCCAGGACUACGCACGCAGCCAUGGCAAAAAGUUUGCCAGCAGCCUGACAUACAAAGACGAGCUCUUGUCUAUGCCAGCCGUAAAACGAUUUUCUGUGUCGUUUGCAAAGCAUCCGACUAAUGAUGCGUUUGAGCACCACCACGUUGCCCAGUUGCUGCGCCGUUUUUCCUCUGACUAUGCCACGAGCCGGAACAUCUCACUGGAUGCCACUCUAGCCCAUCACCUCCAGCAGUGCUCCUACCACCUGCGCCUCUUCAGGAGCUGGCUGAUCUCAGGGCAGGAUGACUUGGAGUGUCUUUACGGUUUUGAAGGCUGUUCCAUGGUUCCUACCAUUUAUCCCCUGGAGACCCUGCACAACUCCCUCUCUUUGCGACAGGUCAAUGAGUUCCUGACGGCUGUGUGCAGGAGUUGCAGUGAGUCACACGUCCAGUCUACCGCAGCUUUGUUUGAUUCAAUGAUUGGCAACCAGAUACCAGGGGACCCCUUUAUGUCUCAGCGAAUCCUGUCAUCAUCCUCUUUCCCAUUGCGCCAGCGUUCGGAUAAGCCCCCUUGGUACAGCAGUGGCCCCUCCAGUACUGUCUCCAGUGCAGGCCCGUCCUCCCCAACCUCUUCGGACAGCUGUGCUCGUUUCAGCUUCACCGAGAAACUUUCCAUCAGUCCCCCAAAAAGCGAGGAGCAGCUGAAUAGCCAGUCCCCUGAGCAAGGAGAGAGAGAACCUGACAGAGGAGGGCUUGAUGUGGAGGUGGGGGUGUCUGGGUUGUCAGUGGCUGAGCCAAGUGCCCCAGAAGCGCUGACCUGGAGUGAGGGCCCAGAGCCAGGUGGGGUCCUGGAGCUGUGCAAGAAGGAGCUGGCUGACAAGAACUCUAACCCAGAGAAGAACAGUGUGCUGGCGCUGGAUGAAGAAGAAUCAUCUGGGGAAAUGCUAGACCCAAGUAACACAGGGAAACCAAAGUGUCAUGCAGAGUCUGAGAUAAGGCCAGCUGGAGAGAGAGCGGAGCCCGGUGAAGGGUAUUCAGGGGGAAUGACUGGCCUGAGUCAGUCAGGGCUGUCCAAGAACAUCUUGGUGCCCUGUGAAGACGAGUUGCUGGGAGAGGUGUUGGACCCAGAGCAUAUGGGCAAGGAGCCACUGGGGGACGGCGCUCUGUCAGGCCAGCUGCUGUCUGCUCAGCCGUGCCAGGAGCAGCCACUGCCUCCUGAGACAAGCGUGAAGGGGCUGCAGCCAAUGCGUCAGGAGGGUCAGCAGAACUAGCGGCUAGCUGGACAGUACACUGCAAGCGCUUCUAGCCUGGAGGCAGCCCAACUUCCUGCACAACACUUCAUGCAGCUGGCUGUCUGCAGCACAGAACAAGCCAUAUCCCAAGGCCACAAGACUCUGGGGUGUGGAAGAGUCUGCUCCACUCCUACACAAGCCAGCUCUUUGCCAACCAGCAAGAGAUAACAAACACCCCAUCUGCCCUGUUAAACAAACAAAUGCAGUCUCAGUACUGGCACAGCACCUCCAUGGAGUAGGGAUGUGGCACUGCAUCGGUGCAGGGUGUCCCCAGGGCUGUUUGCUUGCUGGGACAGCAGAGUUAGAGGAUUGGUAGAGUCAAGGCUUUUGGGGUGGUAAGUCCAGCGGGGACAAAUGCUCCCUAGAGAUUUGUUGGCCCACAGCCUUCAGAGAAAGGCAUUCUGGGUCCAAAGUAAUUGGGUUCUUCACAACCGCCACCCUCCUCUGUUCCUUCCUUCCUCUCUUGAUGCCCACCAUUGGCCACCAAAACCAGAUCCAGAGAGUCCAUGUUGGGAAGAAUAGGAAAAGGAGAAAUCAUUCUGAAUGAGCGUGGGUAAGAAUUUAAUGAGAGGAACAGGUUCAAGACUGCCACUUGCAAGAAGAAAUCUCUCUGGAGUGGACUUGAAUAUUUUUCUGCUGGGCUGGGGCAGGCAGAAGCCUGGAGAUCCAGCCUGAGAGGGGUGUACAGGGAGCACACACGGGUUUUUCUAGUCCCCAAGGGUCAGGCAAGGUAAAGUUCUGAAGUCUUGGUGACAGAAAUUAAGAGAAACUGCUAUUUGAGCAAAUCAGGAUUGUUAGAAACCAAUAAGGAGAAAUCUUUAUUAUAUAUAAAAUGAAAAGUAUUUAAUACAUAUUUAUGUAAAUGACCUGCGAGCACAAGCCUGAGGGCAACAUUGACACAGGUUUCCCUGCUACAUCCUUAGUGCAGGCCAGGACUGUGCUUCCUGCGCCUCCUGCAUUUAUGGACAAGUCUGUGUGUUUGUCUAUAGCUAGGAUUUAUGUUUUUGUGAAGCUGUGCCCAAAGAUCUCUGCGCUGUGUUGUGAUGAUGUACGUUCACAGUAAAUCUCUGCUGUGGGUCUGGUGUCUGCCUUUGAUGCUGACUAGUGCAGCAGUGUGUGUGUGCCAGAGCUUGCAGAUGCCCAGGGCAGCAAGCACUGCGUGUUCUUGUCCACCCUGAAGGAACGAGGAACUGUGGCCAAGACUAGUUACAAAUGAAGUGAGCGCACAGGCAUGGGGCUCUGCUCAAGAAGGCCAGAUACCUUUUUUCCUCUGAAGAACUGGUCAUACUGAGGAAGAGGUCAUGGCUUCCCAGGGCCCAUGAUGGUUUGCUGUAGGAUGGGAGCUCCGAUCUAAACGUUUCCUUCAGUUCCAAGCAUGUCCUGCAUACCAUGUCCUCUUUCCUGUGCCUGAUAAACCCUCCCUGCAAGUUUGGAUAUUUAAGUAUGGUGAUGUCUACUUGUACCUGAAAUGCAGCAGUCUUACAGUGGCUUUUAGUGCAGCACUGUGCCAAGACGAAACCCAGCUCCCCUUUCUACAGGUUUGGGUGCUGGGGUCUGGGAAAAGGGCCUUCCACAUGCUGCACGGAAGCUCUCUGGCUUCUGUUGGCAACCCUGAAGUCAAGACUUGCCGACCAGCUACCCUGGCCUGUCUGACUGAGGCUGCCAGGCUUCAGCGUGCCCUGGCCCCAAGAGCUGGCCGUGGGAGAGCUGGCAGCAGAGCAGCUCUCCAGACCCCACGGGCCCCUUGGGUGAUGCCCAAGCACCAAUCCUGCUGUGUGGCCCCACCGCAGCCCUCCCCAGGCUUGCACGUGGUCCUGCCACUGCCAACACCUUGCUCUGGCAGACGAGGCCCUGCUGGGGCCUGGCUCCUGCCAGCAACCGAUGGUUCCUGGGGACAGCACCUGCGGAGCGGAGGCUGCGGCCUGGGCAGGCCCCGCCAUCACCUGCUGCUGGCAGGGGGGGCUGAGCGAGAUGCCGGCUGCCGGGUCACGCAGCAGGGGCUGAGUGGGUGUUUGCUUGGCAUGGGCUUCAGGGGCCUGGAGCCUGCUGUGGGAUGGUUUCACUCUGCAGCAGUCUCUUAAAAGGUCUGCCUGUCUGCUCUCUUCCUGUUGCCAGAAUAUGGUCAGUGGCUUUGCUCAGUGCCGGCUGCCUGCCUGCCACGCUGACAAGCAGCGCAGGCAGUGAACUGGGCCUUGGUGCUUUGUAGUUGGGAGCCCUUUCCCCCAGAGAACGUGACUGCUGCCUGCAGUCUCCUUGUGCUCCUACGUCUGGGCAGGGUGACUGCUGUGGUAGCACUGCCCAAGAGCUGGUGCUGUGGGACACGCCACGUCAUCUAAGCACUAAAGAUGGCCUUUGUGGCACAUCCCUGAAGGCCGGGUCCUGCAAGAGGGGAUUGCAGGGUGCAGCAGUGGUUGAAAUCCCAGAUAGAUUGUUCCCACUCACAAAGAAGCAGUUUUAUUUAGAAUGGUCCCCAAUCUUCAGCCUGUUUCUUCACCUGGAAAUAAAAAGGGAGCAGCACUUUGGAAGCAGCUGGCAGCUGUGGCUCUGCUGUGGCUCUCAAGCUCAAUGAGAGAUUGGGCCCAGACAGGGUUUUUGUACUUGUGAUGAAAAAUACAAAACUUCAUAUCUCUUAAGUGCAAAUAUGUAUACCAAUUCUCAUUAGUGUCUAAUUUCAACAUCAGACUGUGUCUUUUGGUUCCUGGUAUCCUCUAGCCAGCAGUUAUCUGGCUGCAUUGGUACUUUGCAUACUGGUAAUCCUGUUAAGUGGUGUUCUCCAGACAGUUUGUUGGAUCACAGGACUUCCUGAUGCAGGGCAGGGUAACAGGGAAGCGGUCUGGUUAGUUGUAACGACUAAUGCUUAUGUGUAUGUUUUGGAGGCAAAUGUUCUGUCCUUAAAGGCAGGUACCUUUCCACAGGCAACCAAGGAGGAAGCUGGGCUACCUGCAGUGGUGCCAGAACAGGGUUCUAGUCUAUGGCUACUCCCUUUGAUAGGUAGGCUAAAAACAAGUAGUGCCCUUUAUUUUAAAAGAGCUGCUAAAUAGCUGCUCUGUCAAGAAGCUUGUGGUUUUUCAUGAUGCUCAAACACUUCCACUUGAACACCUGCAGAGUGUGUGGUGAAACCGGAGCACAACUGUCUGAUCUUAGUGCAGUCUUUAGUGUGUUUUUCUUGACUAAGAAGCAGCAGUGAUUGAUGGCCAGCCAGACCUUUCCAGACAAAUGGGUGGUGUGAGUGCUAUGAGUCACAAAGCAGAGGUUGGGAUGUGUGUGCGUGCGCAUAAUUUCUGGAUACAAUUUUAGGAGCUGAUGUUUUUGGUUUAAUCCUGCCAAAGCCAGCUCUGGCUCCUCAAAUCUGUGCUGGCUGCUGUAAGCUCUCCAUGACAUGCUGCACAAGCUGUGAUAUGCUCCCCAGCCACAGUGGCCCCCCCUUCUGAGUCUGCAGACCAAUCCCUGCUCUCUUUUUCCCCUGCCUUCAACUGUGCCCCUGAGUUUCCUCCAGGGGACCACCAGGCAGGAGCAGAGCUGACCGGGCAUCAGCCCCUCCUGACUGCUGCCUGGCACAGGCAGCGCAGAAGGCUGCUCUGGUAGUGUUCUGCUGAGUAGCGGAAGAGUUGAAACAGAGUGUCUUUUCCUCCAGAGGGAGGCUGCAGAAUUUUGCAGUAGUGCAAAGGUGUGCUGUUGAGCUAAGGAUGGGCAGCACCUGGUGCCCUGUCAGUGCCUUGAGUGUCCACAGUCCCUGAGCUGAGUCCCUGAUGCUGGUGCCCUGCCUGGCUGGCUUGCGCCAGACUCCUGGCCAGGCCCUGCUGUGAUGUGCCUUCCACAGGACUGGGGAUGCUACCAGUUUGAGGAACGCUGGACAGAGUGGUGAUUCCCAAGAAGUGCAGAAGCCACCAGCGAGAGCCUGGCUUAGUGCUGCGAGGCAGCUGCCUGCAGUGUCCACUGGAGUGGCUGUGCAUGGAGCACCUGGGCUGCAUCCUGGCCCUUGGCCAACCAAACACAGGCAGGAAACAUCUUCGAAAGCUGGAACAGUGAAAAACCCCGCUGGAGCUGAGGAAGGAGGGCAGGGGUCCCAGGCAGGUCUGUACCGCUGGUGUGGGUAUCCUCUUGGCAGGGCCACAGGUUUUAGCAGCUGUAAGUGAAAUUGUGGCAUAAGCACAAUCACCCAGGCUUGCCUGAACUCAGGUUGGGCUGUAGCUGGCCAGCAUCGAGGGAAGGCUGCUGGUGUGGCAGCAGUAUCUGCACGCCCCCUGCCUACAGGAUAGACUCACUUAAAGAACAGUUUGAAACAGCUGGAAGUGUUCUUGUUCGCAAUUAAUGUGGCUUUAUUAUUGAUGUGUUGGGCUCCUCUCUUGACAGUAGUUAGUUACAGUGUUUCACAUGGAAAUGGGCAAAAGGACAGAGGUCAAGAAACUAAAUUCAAAUAGAAACAUGAUGCUGAAGAAAAGAAUCAGGGCUCCGUUUUUAAAACAUUUAGCAUAGAAGCUGGGAGCACAAGUUGCCAUUUCAAUACAGUUGAGACGUUCACUUUUUUAAAUUAUUGGUUUAAAAUAGUAUUUUGUACCUAUUACAUACAGGAAGAUUACAUGUUGUUGCCCACAUGCAGAAACAAGCAAAAGCAGAGUUUAACUGUUUCUCUCUAUAGUGUUGUAUUUAUUACGUCUGGCUCUGGAUGGGUUCUGCUGGCUCCUGCAGGCUGAGCGGAGUCAGACUUUAGAAUUUGGCAUUUUUACAAGUCCUUUUCCCCCAUGGCUUCGGAAGAUUUCAUGGGAGAGAGAGAGGCUGGAGGCACAACAGACUUCCACAAAAGACUUAAAAAAAUAAAUAAAUUGUGGAGUCUUGAAGACAGGGAAAUGAACUGGUGUAGGAUAGAGCAGUCCAAGCAGCGUAACUGCGGAGUGCUGGAGCACAGCACGUGGAGGGCAGGUGUUUUUGCUGGAACAUGUCACUCCUGCCUGGAGGAUGCAGGCACCUUACAAAGCCUCACCAUUACUGCUUCUUAUUCAUAACUGCUUCAAGUUUAAAAUUGAGAAACAUUCAUUUGUAGGUCUGUAUAAAGUUAGUGCAUUAGCUUUUACCCCUAGCCACACUGAGGAAUCCAGGGAUCCAGUCACUGAAGAUGUCACGUUUGUUGCUCUAACUACCUGGCACUGAACAUUUUGCAUCCUCCACCUGCAGCUGGCUGCCAGCCAGUGCUAUUGGCAGGUGAGCCAGGGUCUCCCCAAAGCACUGAAGGCAAAACCCCAGAGCAGUGCCUGGGGAAAACAGGAGCAGGUCUGUUACUGCCUGCAAUUGCUUGCUGUACCCGACAUUCAUAGACACUUGACCCCAUUGGGUUACAGAGAAUGACAUUUAUUCUUCUGGCAGACACACUGUGAUUCCAUGGUUAACGUGAAUACAGCGCAGGGCAGGGAUUUCAUAAAUCCCUGAGUAAGCUCACAUGCUCCUACCAAGGGCUGCAUCAAAAGGGCUGGCUGCUCCUCGGGGAGGGGCUUCUGGCCUCAGGCUUUGUCCUGCAGCUGCUGGGUUUUAGACACAGCCUUGCAGGCUGCAAGCAGAGACCCCCUUUUGCUGCCAGCAAAAACUCUGCCCAUUUCUCUGUGGUCUUUUGUUGUUCUUUAAAUUGCAGCAUCUAAGUAUUUGUACUGAGAAACCUCUGAGCUGACACCAAGAGCACAUAGUGUCAAGUUAACACGUAUAAAUUAAAAUAUUAAAUCCAAACAAAAUGCAGCUUAAGAUCAAA